AUGAAAUUUCUCUAUGUUGUGGCAGAACUCCUAACGGAUAUCGCCACCAACCUUCGUGACACCAUAAAUUGUCCGCCCACAGAAACUUCUUGUCCUGCCCUUAAGGAAACUCUCGUCUCCCGCAUUUCCCUAUCAAUGCAAAAAUGUCUGCAGCGUUUGAUUUAUGAGGAGACUUUUGGUGACGGGAAGCCUACGCAGCUUCUUAUGCGUUUGGAGCAGCCGUCGGACGGACAAAAACUGAAUGUCACGGUGUUCAAGCAACUGUUCCUCCAACGGUUACCCUGUUCUGUGCAAACCAUCCUUGUGCCUAAAAUUCCUUCCUCGAUUGUUCCGAUGCUCUCAGAGACUGCUGACCGUAUACUCAAGUACUACCAGCCUCCUGUUACGGUAAACGUUGCUAGUCGUAUCACAACUGCGCCCACAAUCGAGAAUGCCAUGAAACACCUAGACGACUUCACCCUCGAAGCUUCCCAGCUUCGUGCUUCACGUGUCUCUCGCCCUCGAAUUCCGUCCAUUUCUCGCCGUCAGAGGUCUCCACUGCAGUGUCAAGUCCGUCCACACUGGACGAUUUCUGCUGGAACCGCCGUGGUACUUAUGGGUUAA